AAUUCUAAUCCCUUAUAAUGCAAAUUUCAUCUUCUUUGGUGUUCGUAUCAGUUUAAUUUUUACCAAUAAUCGUUUUUUCUUGUAAUUAUUUGCUAUAUUUUCAGUGUUUGAUCUAGUAUUCAAAAUGCAGUAUUUUUAAUUGAAAUUUGAAAGGUUAAAGAGCACAAGAGAAAGAAUUUUUGGAGGAUAACAAAAUAUAUGUUGCUGUUGGAAAAAAUGCAGAAGAAAGAGAAGAAAUUUUGAAUUGGGCUAUAAAGAGUUCAAGAGGGGAAACUAUAUGUGUAAUUCAUGUUCAAGUACCUGCCCAAAUGAUUCCUUUACCAAAUGAUUAUAUAGUUCCUGUAAUUUCAGUCCAAGAAGCAGAUAUUCGAGCAUUUCAAGAACAUGAAAGACAAGAAGUGGUCAAUAUGCUAGAUGAUUGUGUUCAAAUCUGUAAUCUUGAACAGGUUUCAUCAGAAAAAAUGUAUAUUGAGAUGGAAUCUAUAACCGAUGGGAUAUUAGAACUCAUCUUUCAGCUGAGGAUAACAAAAUUGGUUAUAGGUGCAGGAGCUGACAAUCAAUGUUCGAGGAGAAUGACAACACCAUUGUCAAAAAUGGCCAAUUACUUGCUGCAGCACGCACCUAACUUUUGUCACAUCUGGUGUGUUGGCAAGGGUCUAAUCUAUACAAGGAACGGAAUGAAGAAACCAACUUCAUAUGUUGAAGAGAAAUCACCAAAUACCUCAGACUCUGAUAGACCUAAUGCCGGCUCUCUAAGUCAAGAAUCAAGUUCUGGAUUGAGAUAUGCGAGUUUUAGUGGAUAUGAAGACAGUUCUGAUGAAUUUGACAGAUCGCCAAAGUUUAGUUUUUCGCAUUCCUCAACUUCCUCGCUCGAAGCUGAAUCAGCUUUUAGUUCACCAUGUUUAUCUUCUAAAAGAGAAGAAUCAGAGACUCUGAUCUAGAGUUGUUGACUUUGCCUCGGGUAGAGAAUAAGUAUCAGGAGGAAAGCUGUAUGAUUGAUGAUUUAUGUGAAGAGCUUGAGCAAACGAUGACACAAGCGGAGAAUUUAAAGCAAGAAGCUUUUGAACAAUCAAAAAGGUGCCAGAAAGCUGAGAAAGAGGCUUUAGUAGUAACUCGCCAGGUAAGUGUAUAGAAAUUUUUCUGCCUAUGAUUUAUUCUCGAAUUUAGUGUCCUGUGCAAGACGUUUUUUGCUUUUUGUCAUUCUAAAACAUCGAGUGAUCAUGUUUUUGAUGCAUGAUUUCUAAAACAAUCCUUUCUCUUAGAUGCUAUAUUAUAUAAGUAGUUGAGGCUGAAACCAAUGGUUUUGAUGACAAAAUAAGCUAUUACAUGGUAUUUGGUUAUUGAUAUUAAAUGGUGGUUAUGUCAUUUCCAUGAUAAUGGAGCUCUCAGCCUCAAAUUGUCAAACAUGUGUUUUUGUUCAUAAUUUUCCAUUUCCACCUAAUACUGCAUUUUCAAAUGGUAAUGGAUGGUAUGAGUUUUGUGAAGAAAAAGAAUGAUACGACUAGUAUAAGCAUGAUCAUGUACCUUGUCAAGUAGUUUUUUCUUAGCUAAAUUACAUUAAAUUUUCAAUAUCAUUCCCGCCAAUCAAAUAUCAACAACUAAACAGGUCGUUAAAGCAGUUAGUAAAAUUUUAAAUGUUGAUGUUACAAGUUUGGCUUCAUCAGCCCUUAAAUUAAUAUAAGCUUUAUCAAGAACUUGUUGUGCCUUCUUUUUUUCCUUGAACAGAUAGAUUAGGCUCUCCAUAUUUCUUUCUUUUCUUAUGAAAAUGCUCUCUCGAGGUUUAGGUAAAAGCUGCUCAAAAAUUGUAUUUUGAGGAAAUUAGACAAAGGAAAAUGAUAGAGGAAGAUCUGGCUGACAGGAAGAAGGAAUUUGAAGCCACAAGAAGCAUAUUGGAAAAGGUCUCACAAGAACUCCAA